GGGCCACGAGCCAUAUGGUUGACAUGUACCUCACGCGAGUUGAGUUAUUUUAAACCAAAAUCGGCACGUGCCAGACGGGAAUCUCUUUCAUUCUUAAACGCAUCGUUGUUUGAACACACAUACCACUUUGUAUUUAUCUCCUAAUUUUGUUCGUUCAAACAACUAAAAGUGGUGUAAUUCUGCGUUAUUUUAUACGUCUAAAUAGCGGUAUAUUUGAAUAAAAAAACCUAUUAAAUGAAGUAAAAAUAGUUGAAGAAGAUAUAGAAAGUGUUCAAUGAUGAUUUCUUCCAGAGGACCUACUAUUGUGAACGUUCCAGUGCACUCUAGAAGAGGACAGAGUGGAUUGAAGUGUUGCUGUUGCAGAUGUUGCACUUGUAUUCAUUUGGAGUUUCUGAAAACACCGCCUGGCAUAAUCAAACUUGCUGAAUUGAUCAUAGGAUUUUUCUGUCAAAGCCUAGCAUUAAAAUAUGGAUCAGAAUCAUCGUCACUUAUAGGAAUUUCAUUUCAAUCCUUUGUAACCAACAUUGCCUGGAGUCUUUCCACAACUUUCAUGCUGCUUGUGUGUUAUAUUUUUUCACCAAAAUCAGUAGGGCUCAUCAAAUCUUCCUUAUUUGAGGUUCUAUUUAACACCGUGUCUGCCUUUACAUAUAUUAGUACUUGUUCUUAUCUGGGUUACGUGGUAAACAUAGUACUGGAACCGCUGUAUUGGAUAACACCUCAUUACCAAGCGUACCCUGCUAUGAGUGCUGCAUAUGUAGCUGGCUCAAUUUUAGGACUACUAUACGCAUAUGACGCUUACAAAUCAUAUAGAUACUUUAGGGGAUACAGAUACUAAAAUUUUUAGUACAUUAUAUUUCUUGUUUUUAUAUUUUUGUACUUUUUCUAGUCAGAAUACAAUUUUUUAUUUUAUUUUCUAAUUAAGUAUCUAUUAAUUCUAUUAUAAUUUGUAUUAAAAUUAGAAAGAUAAGUAUUUAGUACCUAUUUAUGUAUAUGACGUUACAGAUAUUAAUAAAAGACAAUGUUUUACAAAGAAAAACUGUUUUUUAUUUCAAAGUAACAAAAUAUAUAGUUAAAAUCUUGCAAUAGUUCGCUAACACUGAAGGCACAUAGAGAAUUGUUAUACAUGGCAGCCAUAUAAGGAGUUUUAUAAAAAACUAUUUUAUCUAUUCUGUCACAACUGUGUAAAGCUCUAGCAACAUUACUUUAUAUUUAUAAAGUUUUCUAAAAUAAAUUAUUAGGUAUAUUAUUUGUGAUUUUUUUAUAUAUCGUUUUCUUUUAAAUUUAAGUACAAAUCACAAAAAAAAAUGUCAAAAUAUGUUCACAAGAGUAUAUCAAAAAACAUAUAAGUGUAUAUAAACAUGAGUAAUAAUAAUUUAUACGGUAGUUAUUAUAAAAUAUCAUUGUUUUAAAAACAUAUUACUUGUUUGUGGUGUUUUUUUAUAGUUUAAUAUUUUAAUAAAUUAUGUAUUAUUUUUUUGCAACAAAUAAAGCCCUAGCAAUAUUACAUUAUUUUCUUAUUAUACAGGGUCUUUCUUAAAUAAGUGCAAUUAUUUUAUGUAGUGUUACGUAGGGACAAAAGAAACAUAUUUUCUGUUUGAUAGUUUUAAAAUAAAUUGAAAAUAACCGAGUUUUUUUAUUUUUUGAAAUUCUAAAGAAAUAAUGCUCACAUUUUGAGAACCGCCGAUAUCAACCUCAUUAUUCGACGCCCUGUGUUGCCACAUGUACAGAAAGUAUACUGUUUACUUCUUGAUUGAGAAUACUUCACAAUAUGGCGAUUACAGAAUCUGCAAUAGUGAUUAAGUUUAUUCUUUCAGUUUCAGAAUUAACCUGUGACCCCAAAAAGUUUGAUUUUAUAAUUUCCCGGAAAAUAUCAAGAAAAAAGAA